CCAACCGGCCGCCGUUUAUCGAUUGUUUUCCCGACUAGACAGCUGAUCGUUUUAUAGGUUAAGUUCUCAGUUUUGUUUAUAUCGUUUUGGAACAAAAUGAAUUCGACCGAUUUUUUGAAUUUGGGGGAUAACCAGAUCGUCGAAUUGGUGAAAAAUGGACUUCCCAGGAACAUUUCGAAGACUGUUAACGUGUUGACGGUGAAGGACGACGUUUUGUUUACAUGGGAUUUUCAAAGUCACUGUGUUUUAACUCUGAAUAUAAAAGCUGCCAGGGAGAAUAAGGGGGUUAUUUGCCAGAAACUCCUACCGCUCUCACCACCCAUAUUCUCGCCAGAAAAAAUCAUCGCCAACGAAAAUGGUUCCUUACUGGUGGUGGCAGGUCCAAAUGGCGUCCUAGUUUUCCAGCUUCCCACCAGAUGUCCACCCUACGGCUCUUACAACAACAACAAAGAGCUGGUAUAUUGUAGAACUUUCAGCCUAGAUGAAAGACUGUUCAUGUGCACUGAUGACGUCGAAGUCCUUCAAGUCAAAUUCCAUCCAGGAAGCGUCAAGGACAAUCAUGUCCUCCUCCUCACUUCAGACAACACCUUAAGGUUGUACCAAGUGGAAGAUGAGGUUGUAUGCAUAGGCACCUUCGUGGUUGGUGAUAAGCCCAUGGCUAAGGUUCCCUGUUCGAAGAUGACCUUCUUGGGUGCCCUUGGCGAAAUAGCUGUAGACUUCGAUUUUGGACACCCAGAAAUAAACGAGAAAGAGGCAGAAAAAAGGCCAACAACUAGGGACAAAGAAAAAGAAUCUCCUGAUCAAUCCCUGGUGAGAGUUAGAGAUCCUUUCACCGAUACCGAAUCUCUGAUACCAGUACAUCAACAGCAGUCGUUCAUCAAGAAGAGUGAGAAGAUGAAGGAAAGGGAGAACUAUUCUAACUUCAAUUGGCCAGUUUAUGUUCUGUCGGCAGAUUUUAUAAUCACAACAGUGGAUAUUCCACUCUACGAAAAGAAAGGCUACACGGUCAAGGGUCCAAUACCACUGAUGCCCAACAAUUUUUUCCCCUUUGACAAGAGAGCCUGCUCGAUUGUUUGCCUCAACUCGACACCCCAGGUUGUUUGCAUUGGGAGCACCCAUGGAGAAAUAUUCCACGGUGUUGUCCUACCCAUUGAAGAAAAAGAGGACAAGCAGGAGAACCAGUUGAACACCUCGUCAUCCAACCAGGGCCCUGCGGAUAAGGAAAUAUAUUUUUUCGAGGCGGUUGACAUUGAGUUCGGUCUAUCUACAGUUACGGAGUGCCAGGAGGAGGGAUAUACAUGCCCCAUAUUCCUACACAGGGACGAAUCUAGGUGUGACAGAUACUUCGCAACACAUUCUGCAGGUGUGCAUACAGUUCACGUGGGCUGUAUGGAAGAUUUGCAAAAGUUCGUCGUAUCUGAAGAUUCCAGCGACGUCUUCAAUAUUCCAAGCACUGUAGAGUACCUCGUCUGCACUAAGACGAGUUCCACUAAGAACCAGAACCCCGUGAUAGGUUUCUCCGUCUACUACAAUCCCAACUCGAUCAUCACCUUGUUGGCCAACGGUUGUUUCAUGAGCUUAGCGUUAAUCAAUGCUGAAAUAGUCAUACCAAAGCUGGAACAACUCGUACUACAAGACACUGAAACCGCUGCACCCUCAAUGCAAGACAUGAUGAAGAUGCCUUUCAAUCAGCACAUUCUGAAGCUCCUGAAGAAGGCGGACUCCCAUCCAAUUCUCAAGCUGUCGAAGAACGAAGAACACUCGUUGAAAGAAUGUCAUGAGUUAUUCCAGAGGACAGUUCUGAUAUUCAGGGAAAAAAUCAAAUGUCAUCAAAUAGCCAGGGAGGAAAUAGAGAAGCGUGCCACCGCUUUGGCAGUUUUCAAGGACUACCAGCUGAAGGAGUUAGCCAACAUGAAUCACGAGAAGAGGAGUUUGCAAGAAACGGCUGAGAAUUUGGCUGAGAAAUACGAGGAAAUCAAGGAGAAUCAGGAGAAAUUGUUGAAAAGGUGUGCCAAGCUGCUGGUGCAGAUAUCCAUGAAGAAAGAGGUGCUGUCAGAUGCUGAGAAUGACUAUUUGUUGAAUCUGAAGAAAAUGAGGGCCGAAUGCGACAAGUUCGAUUCCGUCAUCGAUAAAUUGAUCGUUAAAAAGAACUAUCAGGAGACACAGAUGAGGAGCUGGAAGAAACAACAGCAAAGAAAAUCUUAUACCAUAAGCGAAACGCAUAAAAAUACAAUCAAGGAUAAUCUAGUAGAUUCGUCCAAAAGAAUCAAUGAGAUGAUAGAAGAAAUAAAGGGCAUCAAGAAACAGCUGCGGUUGAACUGAAUCGAUUCCAAUAGUUAUUGAUGAAUGUAUCAUUUUUUUAAUCAAUAAAAAGUUUUUGGUCGA